CAUUCUAAUGCUUUCCUCAAGGGAGGAACAUACAUCCUCAAGAUGGGAAGUAAUAGCACAAACAGUAUAAGAACAAAGUGCACUGAUCUUCAGGUGUCAUUUCAGUACUCUCUCUAUGCAACCACCUACAUCCUCAUAUUCAUCCCUGGUUUUCUGGCCAACAUUGCAGCCUUGUGGGUUCUGUGCCACUUCAUCAGGAAGAAAAAUAAAGCCAUCAUUUUCAUGAUCAACCUCUCUGUGGUUGACCUUGCUCAUGUGCUGUCCUUACCCCUCCAGAUUUACUAUUACAUCAGCCAACACUGGCCCUUCCAGAAGGCCCUUUGCCUGCUGUGCUUCUACCUGAAGUAUCUCAACAUGUAUGCAAGCAUUUGUUUCCUGACGUGCAUCAGCCUUCAGAGAUGUUUCUUUCCCCUAAAGCCCUUUAGGGCCAGAAACUGUAAGUGUAGGUAUGAUGUGGGCAUCAGUGCUGCCAUCUGGAUCAUUGUGGGGACUGAGUGUUUGUCACUUCCAAUUCUGAGAAGUCCUGGUUUAACCAACAACACUGAAUCUUGCUUUGCCAAUUUAGGGUUUCAACACAUUAGCAUGGCUUCCUCCAUUAGCAUAACUGUAGCGGAACUUGGAGGUUUUCUUUUACCUGUUGUAAUUAUUACUUAUUGCACAUGGAAAAUGAGAAAAUCUUUACAAGAAUUCCGAGCUCCCCCUCAGAAUACCAAAGAGAGAAAAAAGGCUUUGUGGAUGGUCCUUAUGUGCGCAGUGGUGUUCAUUGUGUGAUUCACUCCUUACCACUUCAACUUUCCAUUCUUUAUGAUGGUGAAACAACAUGUCUUUUCAAACUGUUCCUUUAUUAGGAGUUCCCUAUAUUUUCACAUCAUUUCUCUAUGUCUUGCAAAUCUGAAUUGCUGCCUUGAUCCCAUUGUAUAUUAUUUUAUGACUUCAGAAUUCCGUGAUAGGUUUUUGGAACACAGUGGUUUGGCUCUUCAGUCAUGUGUGAGAUGCAAAGACAAUGCUUUAGAAAUUUAUUACAGGAAAGAGGAUCUUCAAACUAUCUCUCUUGAAAUUUUGAAUGAUUCAAAGACAUUGUAA